AUGAAUAAAUUCACUCUUAGAUUUAAUCAGCAAGUCUUAGAAUUACAGUAUCAAUCAACCAGACUUGUAAUGAGGAAAUAAAUUCUAUACGGAGUUUCUUCUGGAUUUAUAAUUAUGAAUACAAUUUCAGCAAUACUAAAAAUAAUUGGAAAUGAUAAUUAAAAUUUACCUUUAGAUUUAACUUAAUCAUCUAUUGCUUUUUUAACAGUUUGUGUUGUUAAAUAUUACCCUAAGUAUAUAUUAGAAGGAUUAAAUAUUUUAAAUUUGCUUUUUUGCCUUGUUUAAAUAAAUUUAGAUGAGGCUGCAACUUCCCAGUAAAUGUACAUCUUUGGUGCUAAUAUAAUGGCAACAUAACUAAUGUUGUUGUUCGGUUCAGAUUUCAUAUAUUCUUUACCGUAAAUCGCUAUCAUAGCAUGUUCUAGAUUAGGAAUAUAAAGAGUAUAUCAAUCAUUUGAUUGGUUUUCAAUAUCGUUGACUUUAUUAGUUUCAUUGUGGCUUGGAAUUGUUUAAUAUUAAUUUGAUAAAUCACUUAGAUCAUAAUUUUUACUGACAUUAAAAGAUCAUAAUUGGGGUAAUAAAAUUUUAAAACAUAGAUUAACUUUUGCCAUAAAUUGUUGACAAGCCUUAUUUUUAUUUUCGAUAUAACAAUUCAUAAUUUGAAAUAAAAUAAAUUCAUAAAUAGUAAUAAAUUUUUAAUUACAAUCUCGAUUUUUGUUAAGGUUGUAAUUUAAGACAUUUUUUAAGGGAGUUUUAAUUUAACAAUUAAACAAUAGAGACAUUCAUAUUAAAUAGAUUAAAAACAUAUUAAAAAAAUAUCUAUGAAAUAGAAAUAAUAGGUAAAAAUAAGAAAUAAUAUUCAAUGAGGAUAAAUUAUUGUGAAAUUUUUAGUGAUUAUCCAAAUUUCUUGAUCAUUUUAAAUGAUACUAAAUAAAAUAAUAAUAUUUCUAAACAAUUAUAAACAUCUUUCAUUAAUAAAUAUUUUACUAGAUAUUCUAAUCAUCUUUUUUAAAUGAUUUUGAAAGGAGAUUCAAAAUUUAAAAUCAUUUAGCUAAAUUAUCAUUAUUUAUCUGCUUUAUAUCUUAAAGAUUAUACUGUUAAAAACUUUUCUCCAUACAAUCAAUUAAAGAAAAUUAUAAAUCUAUCAGGAGGAGUAUAACUUUAAUGUGUAAAGUAACUUAAAAUUUAAGGAUAUAAGAAUUUAUUUUCGGUUUUCUGGUUAUAAACUAUAUUGAUAAUGAUAAUAUCUUAGAACAGACCUCAUUAAGAUUUGCCAAUAAUAAUAUUAAGUUAGGAAUUAGAUUAUAUUGAAUUUAGUUUAGUUCUAAAUUAUCCAAAAUAAUUUCAGGAAAUGUUCAAUCAAAAUUUGAUCAUUUAAAAACUAAAAGGAGUAAUAUUUUUUCAUAUUAACUACAAUUUAUGGAAAUUUAAAUCCUAUUCUAACCUUGAUAUAGCCUUUAGCAAAAUUGAUAAUAAUUGA